AUGCAUGCUUAUUAUUACGAUGACAACGAUGGUUCAGACCCAAAAGAACCUCAUGAAAAAAAUCCACUUACCAUUGUUACCCCUGAAGAACUUGCACAUGUUGGUGUUUCAUACUUACAUAUAGAAGGAGAGGAUUUUCUUGAUAAAAUUGAAAAAAUAUCUGAGGAAAGACGUUAUAAAAAUCUCUCGAAAGAAGCAUUAGGUGAUAUGUAUGAUAAUAAAAUGAAAAUUUUUUUUGAAGAACAUCUUCAUGAAGAUGAAGAAAUUCGUUAUGUUCUUGAUGGUUCUGGGUAUUUUGAUGUUCGAGAUUUGCAAGACAAAUGGAUUCGUAUUGCAGUCACUAAAGGAGAUUUGAUUAUUUUGCCUGCAGGAAUUUAUCAUCGUUUUACAACUGACACCAACGAUUACAUAAAGGCUAUGCGUUUAUUUAAAGAGGAACCAAAAUGGACACCAAUUAAUCGUAAGUUAUUUCAUUCAUUUUCAUAA